UUUGACCGGUGCACGCAACAUGGAGGACGGUGUGUAAACAGAAACGAUGGACGCGGCUUAAAGGUUCAUUUUCAAAGAAACUCCGCUGCUCUCUGAUCGCAUGAAGCCGUGAAGGUGGAGGUCUUCGGGGUCUGACUGGUCUGAAAUCAGCGGGGUAACAUGCUUCCUGUGCGGCAGCUCUUGCGGCUCCGGCCAGGGGUUGCUGUCAGCUGUGCCACUGGGCAGAGGAUCCAUAAACUGGCCUCGGUGCAGAAGGUCACAUCACUUCCCCCAAAGAAGUUGCGAAGCUUGCUGUACCCCUUCAGCGAGCUGGAGGCUUACCUGGACAGGUCUGUGGACCGGACACAGUUCCAGCUUUUUGAUCCCAGUUUGGAGGACAUGAUUGAGGCAGAGAAGCUCUUCCACUCUUCACCGUCUCAUAAGAUCGAUUACUAUAUCUCUGCAGAAAGGAUGGAGCACGCACCCGAUCUCAAACAGCCAGAGGUGUGUUUUAUCGGCAGGAGCAACGUGGGCAAGUCGUCUCUCAUCAAAGCUCUGUUUUCUCUCACCCCUGAGGUGGAAGUCCGAGUCUCUAAAACUCCAGGUCACACAAAGAAGAUGAACUUCUUCAGAGUGGGCAAAGCCUUCACUAUCGUGGACAUGCCGGGGUACGGACACAAAGCACCCAGAGAUUUUGUGGAUAUGGUAGAGCCUUACCUCUACACACGGAAAAACCUCGUGAGGACGUUCCUGUUGGUCGAUGGCAGCGUCGGUCUGCAGAAGGCUGACCUGAUUGCCUUGGAGAUGUGUGAGGAGACCGGAUGUCCGUAUGUGAUGGUGGUGACAAAGAUCGACAAAUGUGGGAGUGGCACUCUGCUGACAAAUUUGCUGAACCUACAGGAUGUGGUAAAGACAGAGAUGACGAGCUGCUUCCCACAACCGUUUCUUAUUAGCUCACUCCAGUUUGGGGGGAUUUACCUGCUGAGAUGCUUCAUCGCUCACGUAACAGGCAGCAUUAGGUUGAAGGAGACAUCACAGAGCUGAAAAGAGGCCGACUCGGUCUCACUGAGAGGGGCAAACUGGCUUCUCUGCUACAUUUCUAAAAAAUAAAAAGCAAAACAACAACAACAAAGCCUGAUAUCCAAAAAACUGCUUCAGAGGCUUUUAUUUUCUAAUAAAAUGUGAAAGACUUCUUCUAUCUUCUUACUUUCUAGUUUGACAGACUGUCAAGUCCAGUUUCGUACACUUCACUACUUUGAAUUUGUGUUUUGUGUCUUUACAUUGGAACUCUCAAUAUUAGGUUGAAAGAAAUCUCAGUGAGGAAAGCCACCGUUAGGCUUAAAAAUGAAAAUAAACAUAUAGAGAUGAUGACAGAAUUAUUUCCAUGGUUAUGAAAACCAUGGAAACCGUCAUCUAACCAAGUCAGGAGCACUAUUUAGGAGGUAGCAGGAUCACUGUCAAAGUUUCCUUCAUGAACAGAAAUAAACAGAGUUUACAGCAAUGUACAAACCACUGGUUACACUCAAUAAUGGGAAGGAGAAUUAACUGAAAAUUUACUGAGGAUAUCGUUAGUACUUAUGUAGUUAUUAGGGCUGAAAAAUGCUAAAAACAAUAAUUAAAAAACUAAUUUGCACCCAUGCCUACUGUCUCAGAAAAUGAUCAUAGUAUAAGGGUAAUAUUUUGCAUGGCUUCAUUAAAUAUACUGGAGCUGUACACAGAACAUCAGAAUUCUCAGGGUCAGACUGGAGGCGAUUAUUUUUUUUAUGAUUUACUUAUUUAUUUUUAACAUUUAUUCUUACAUGAUGCUGCCAGAUGUCUCAUUACAAUCCCACUUCUCUGUACUGCAAGUGUUUUUAUUCAGUUUGUUUUUAAAAAUAAUGUUUUGAAAAUGUAUGCUCCUUUUCAUUUUCUUAUCCAGAGAGCGUUGUCUAACGAGGUUGGCAUGUAGAAGGAUACAAAGGGCGAAUGUUUGACGGUGGGACUUAGAGUUUCCAUGCUGCACCUUGAAUGGGCUUUUGCAUGAGAAGGCUUUGGGUUGCGUAAGGAAAGAUGACUAUUUUGGUUAAAUAUUGAGCACACGCCAUGUCACAGUUGACUUUUGUAUACAGUAUACAACUAUGACUAAGACAAUUUCAUAGCUAUAACCAACAAUUGUGAAAUACUUCUACAUAUACAAUGUUAAUGUCAGGAAUUCACUGUUAAUGCAAACAUAAUGAAAAAGGAACCUUAUAUAACGAGUUGAAUGCAUUAUAAUAAAUUAUAUCCUUCACAGAACUUGGCUAAACUUUAAUAUAGCAAGUAAGUGAUUAUAUAACACCAUAAAACAGUGAGACUGGCAGCCAUUAAGAUAAACCCGGACAUAAAAUUUUAAAGGUUUUCCAGUUUAAGCAUAGGCCUAACCUCAGGCCUGUUUUUUCUGUUGAUUAGAAAAAAAUAAAAACCUCUUAACUAAAAAUAA